AUGCCGGAGGCGCCGGUCACCACCAUGCGAGAGGCGACGGCGGCGGCGGUGCCCGAGACGCACCGCGAGCUGCUCGAGUACAUCGAGCACGUGACGGCGGGGGCGACCCAGGUGCAGCGCCGCGUGCUGUCGGAGAUCCUGGCGCAGAACGCGCCCGCCGAGUACCUGCGGAGGCUGGGCGUCUCGGGCGACGCGCCGGGCGCCGUCGAGGCGUUCCGCCGCGCCGCGCCGCUCGUCACCUACGAGGACAUCCUCCCCGACGUGCUGCGCAUCGCCAACGGCGACACGUCGCCCAUCCUCUCCGGCAAGCCCAUCCGCGAGUUCCUCACCAGCUCCGGCACGUCGGGUGGGGAGCGCAAGCUGAUGCCGGCGAUCGCCGACGAGAUGGACCGGCGGUCGCUUCUGUACAGCCUGCUGAUGCCGGUGAUGAGCCAGGCCGUGCCUGGGCUGGACAAGGGCAAGUGCAUGUACCUCUACUUCGUCAAGGCGGAGUCGCGCACGCCGGGGGGCCACCCGGCGCGCCCGGUCCUGACCAGCCUCUACCGGAGCCGCCACUUCCUGGAGCGCCCCCACGACCCCUACACCGUGUACACCAGCCCCAACGAGGCCAUCCUCUGCGUGGACGCGUACCAGAGCAUGUACGCGCAGCUGCUGUGCGGGCUCGUGCACCGCGCCGACGUGCUCCGCGUGGGCGCCGUCUUCGCCUCUGGCUUCCUCCGCGCCAUCCGCUUCCUGGAGCAGCACAGGCAGCGCCUGUGCCGGGACAUCCGCAGCGGCACACUGGACGCCGAGGCGGUCACGGACCGCGCCGUGCGCGCCGCCGUGGAGCAGCGGGUGCUCCUCCGCGCCGACCCGGCGCUCGCCGACGCCAUCGAGGCCGAGUGCGCCAGGCCGUCGUGGCAGGGGAUCAUCCGGAGGGUGUGGCCCAACACCAAGUACAUCGACGUCAUCGUCACCGGCGCCAUGGCGCAGUACAUCCCGCAGCUGGAAUUCUACGGCGGCGGGCUGCCGCUCACGUGCACCAUGUACGCGUCCUCCGAGAGCUACUUCGGCAUCAACCUCAACCCCAUGUGCAAGCCCAGCGAGGUCGCCUACACCCUCAUCCCCACAAUGUGCUACUUCGAGUUCCUCCCCUUGCCACACCCCGACGACGACGCCGGCGAGCCCGACCAGCGCGACCUCGUGGAUCUCGUCGACGUCAAGCUCGGGCACGAGUACGAGCUCGUGGUCACCACCUACUCAGGGCUGUAUCGCUAUCGCGUGGGCGACGUGCUGCGCGUGGCCGGGUUCAAGAACCAGGCGCCCAUGUUCAACUUCCUGCGCCGCAAGAACGUGGUGCUGAGCAUCGACUCCGACAAGACCGACGAGGCGGAGCUGCACGCGGCGGUGAGCGGCGCGGUGCAGCACCUUGCCCCGUUCGGCGCGUCGCUGGUGGAGUACACGAGCUACGCGGACGCCGGGACCAUCCCGGGCCACUACGUGCUCUUCUGGGAGCUCCGCCUCCGCGCCGCCGCCGCGGUCGGGGCCGUGACGACGACGCCCGUGCCGGCGUCGGUGUUCGAGGACUGCUGCCUGGCAGUGGAGGAGGCGCUCAACAGCGUGUACCGCCAGGGCCGCGCCACCGACCGCUCCAUCGGGCCGCUGGAGAUCCGGGUGGUGUCGGACGGCACGUUCGACAAGCUCAUGGACUACGCGCUCGCCCGCGGCGCGUCCAUCAACCAGUACAAGGCGCCCCGGUGCGUGCGCCCGGGCCCCGUCGUGGAGCUGCUGGACGGGCGGGUGCAGGCCAGCUACUUCAGCCCCAAGUGCCCCAAGUGGAGCCCCGGAGUAGGCAAGCAGUGGGGCAGCGACGCCGCCGCCGCCAAGAAGGCCGGCGGCGGCGGCAGCAAUGGAGGAGGAGGAGGGGCGGUCGUCGUCGCGUGA